CUGGGUGCAUGCUGAACAAAUCACCUCUUUAUACAUUUUACGAAGGAGAGUCAGCUAAGCCCCACAAUACCUGUCACCUGUGCCGCUCUGGUCUUUCUCAGAAGAUCACAGCGGUAGCAACAGCCAUCCACGUGCCUUUCCCUGCCCCGAGCACCAGACGCCCAUUCUGCCACCAGGAACGACGCAUAGAGACAAAGGCCACGGGACGGGAUUUUGGUUAAAGGCAAAACCACCACAACCAGAAUUCGGACGGAUGGUCCUCCGUAGCCAGAGGGAAGAUGAGUCACCAGCCCGGCAGUAGCUACCGGGUUGUAAAUGAAGAAGGGAAUAAAGUCAAGCAGCCAAACUGUUACCAAGAACAGGAUGUGAGCGAGAAGAAAAAAGCAAGAAAGCGAUUACUCCACAAAGACGGAAGCUGCAAUGUGUACUUCAAGCACAUUUUCGGGGAAUGGGGGAGCUAUGUGGUUGACAUUUUUACCACCUUGGUGGACACCAAGUGGCGUCAUAUGUUUGUGAUCUUCUCUCUGUCUUACAUCCUGUCCUGGCUGGUUUUCGGCUUGAUCUUCUGGGUCAUCGCCCUUCACCACGGGGAUCUGCUGGAUGAUCCAGAAAUCACCCCUUGCGUGGAUCACGUCCACAGCUUCACUGGGGCGUUCUUAUUUUCCCUGGAAACCCAGACGACCAUAGGGUAUGGCUACCGCUGUGUGACCGAAGAAUGCUCCCUGGCCGUCCUCGUGGUCAUCCUCCAAUCCAUCUUGAGCUGUGUCAUCGACACAUUCAUCAUCGGCGCUGCUUUGGCCAAAAUGGCGACCGCCCGCAAGCGCGCCCAGACCAUCCGCUUCAGUUAUUACGCCCUGGUAGGCUUGAGGGAUGGAAAGCUCUGCCUCAUGUGGCGGAUUGGAGAUUUUCGACCGAACCACGUGGUGGAAGGCACCGUGAGGGCUCAACUUCUCCGCUGGGUGGAAGACAGCCAGGGGAGGAUGACGAUGGAGUACAAGGACUUGAAGCUGGUCAACGACCAGAUCAUCCUUGUGACGCCAGUGACCAUCGUGCACGAGAUCGACCAUGACAGCCCUCUUUAUGCCCUGGACCGCAAAGCGGUAGCCAAGGACAGCUUUGAGAUUUUGGUAACAUUCGUUUACACUGGAGACUCCACUGGGACUUCCCAUCAGUCCAGAAGUUCCUACACCCCCAGAGAAAUUUUAUGGGGCCACAGGUUCAACGAUGUCUUGGAGGUGAAGAAAAAAUACUACAAGGUGAACUGCUUGCAAUUUGAGGGGAGCAAUGAGGUGUAUGCUCCCUUCUGCAGUGCCAAGCAAUUAGACUGGAAGUACCAUGAGCAUCACACCAAGAUGGAAAAGGUCUCACCCGCCAAAAGUGUUAGCCCAUUGCAAAACAAGGUCAAACGAAGGUCAUUUAGCGCCGUGGCACUCAUCAGUAGUAGCGAAAACCCCGAAGAGACAUCCAAGAUCACAACAACCACUAAUGAUGAACCCCGAGAAACAUCGCAUCAAAAGGCCCCUGUGACCUUAAACAGAAUCGCCAUCGAAUCACAGAUGUAGAUUUGAGAUGCCAUUAGCAGGGCUGUCUCAGAUCAACCAAAAUGGAAAUCAGAUCAUUAAAAAAAAAAAUAGUUACAAUCUGCAUUUGAUGAUCUCUAUUUGGGGUUACUGGAAAGGCCUGAUUAAAUCAAGAUUCCCUCCCCCCCAGAUAAUCCCCAAACCUCACUUUAAUUUCAACCUUUACUCGCCUCAAACUUUUGCCAGAUCACUACUGAAGUCAAAAUCUUCUGAUUUUUUAUUUCAUCGGCUUUCACCAGAGACAUUUGUGAGAAGGAGUUUCUAGCUGGUCAGAAGUUGGGCCAGUAGUUCUAUCUGUGCGGCUACUAUCCAUUGACUUUAUAGGCAGCUGUCUUUUGUUUUCCAAGAUGACACAUAUUGACAGUGAAAUUCUAUACACAGAUGCAACUAGAG